UCUAAAAGUAUACAGAGCACUAAGUAGAAAGAGUUUUGGGGGAGGGAAACAGUUGGAUAAAGGCAGAAGAAGGGAACAGAUCAGCAGCAUCGGACCCCUCAGGAAGGACAGUGGCGGGGGUAGCCGCAGAAACAAGCGGGUGCAGGAAGGGGAGGGACUUGCUUGGGGGUGAGGCCCCAGCUUUGGCUCCGGGGCUUAAUCGGAAAAGCUGCUUCACCGUUGCAUGUACAGCCCCUUUCCUCCUUUCUCUCCCUCUCUUCUUCCCCUCCAGUCACUGCUGCACCCACUUGGAGAUCCACAGCUGUCACCAUGUCUCAGCCCGGCAAAGGCAAGAGGCCCGCAGCCUCCCCCCGUCCCAAGCGGGCUGCUGCCGCUGGCGCAGCCGAAGCGCAUGUUUAUGAAAAAAGCAGUCGAAUACCUUCCAAGGCAGAGGAAAAGAAAAAAGCUGAAACAUCUGAGGAAAAAGCAGCAAGUCACAGUAGCAAAUACCCCUCUAGGAUAUCUACAAGUGGAAUGAAUUCUAGUAAGACAUCGACUUCCUCUCCUGCUUCAGUCAGUACUCUCAGUAUGAAUCCCACAGAAACCAAGUAUCAGGCUACUCCAAUCAAUAAAGAGACCAAAGGACUGCAUUAUCAUAACAAGAAAAAGAAAACUCCCCAGGCUAAAAAAUCAGGAACUGAAGAAAAACCACAGGCAACCAAGGCUACUGAUCCUCCUGGGAAAGAUGCUCAUGGGAAAAAUUCAGAAGAAGACAAGAAGCAAAAAGGUCCCGCUAAGCAGGUGAUGGCCACAGAAAGUAAGGAUUCUCUUGCUGGAAAAGAGACCCUCAAGCCUGUUGAGCAACCAACACCAGGGAAACCCACAGAAGGCUCCCAGAACAAAGAAAAAAAAUCCCAGCCUUUAUCUGGCCCAGUAAAAGCUGAAUCCACUAAACCUUCUAAAGAGAGUUCCUUCAGCGAUGCUUUAGAUGAUUUAGUAGACACAUUGGGAGGACCUGAAGAAAAUAAACCAGAGAGUCCAAAAUAUUCAGGACCUCAAGUUUCGGAUCCAUUUUCUUCCACUUAUAUAGAAGAGUUGGGCAAAAGAGAAAGCACAAUUCCACCAGAAUACAGACACCUACUGGAUAGACAUGAAGGGGCAGCAAUAGGUCCACCAGAUUCUGAGAAGCAAAUGGGAGCUGAUGAAGCUAUCGAUUCUUUGUCAUCAGGCUUCACUUGUAGUCCUGCAGCUACAGGAAAGACAACAGAUAAAGAGAAAGCUUCAGGAGGAGAGGUUUUAAAAGCGUCAUCAACAAAACCAGUCAAAAGUGCUGCUCCUCCAGACGAGAAGAAACGAAGAGUAGAAGUAAUGCAUCAUUAUCCUCAAUCCUCCAACAGAGGUUUAGAAGAUCUAGGUAAACUACUUGCUGACCCAGUACCAGAGUCUUUGCCAACUACUCCUUCCCAUAUAGAAGUUAUUAAGACACCAUCUUCCAGUGAUCCUAUAGACUCUCUUAGUGAAACCCUUGGCCACCCAGAAGAGGAACCUUUGCAGACUAUACCUCCCUCUGAAGAAGUUGAUGAGGCAAAAGCCAGGGAGGAAAGACUAAAGAAAUGUGGUGAAGAUGAGGAUACACUCCCAGCAGACUACCAAUUAAAGCCAGCAACGGAUAAAGAUGGGAAACCUCUAUUACCAAAGCCUGAAGACAAAUCCAAGCCUAUAAGUGAAUCCAAACUUAUUGAUGAAUUAUCCAAAGAUUUUGAAAGUUCUGAACCACAACAAAAAAAACUGGAAUCAGCUAAAAAAACAAAAGAUUCUGAGACUCCAGCCCAUGCUCCUGUUAAAGAAGUUGUUUCAAAAACUUCCAUGUGUAGUGUGCAGAAUGCCCCUCCAGAGCCAUCCCUCAGGAGAGGUAUAGAAGCUCUAGGUCAAAUAUUUGCUCACCCAGGACUGGAACCUUUGCCAACUACUCAUUCCCAUAUAGAAGUUAUUGAGAAGGAACAAGUGUCAGAUGAUGCUGUGGAAGCCUUAGUGGGAAGUCUAGAAAAGAAGGAAAUUGAUCCAGAAGAAACAAAACCUUCAGUGGAUAAAAUAAAGGAGAAAUCCAAAGAAGAAAAGCGAGAAAAAGUAGGUGAAAAAGAGGAAACAGUCCCUCCUGAAUACAGAUUAAAAGCAGCAAAGGGUAAAGAUGGAAAACUUCUUGAGAAAAAACAAAGUGAAAAAACUUCACUUAUGAGUGAUGAUGAUAUCCUAGAUGCUUUGUCUGAGGGGUUUUCAUGUUCCAAGGCACCUGUAACCUGUGCAGAGAUAUCUGCAGCACAACAAAAAGAUGAGGGGCUUGAUGAUGCAUUUGAUGAGCUCUCUAAAACCCUUGGGGAAAGAAAACCAGACCCUGAUGACAACAAACCAAUGGAGGAUAAAGUAAAGGAAAAAGCUAAAGCUGAACAUCGAGAUAAGCUAGGAGAAAGAGAUGACACCAUCCCUCCUGAAUACAGGCAUCUUCUUGAUAAUGACAAGGAUGGUAAACCAGUAAAGCCACCCCCCAAGGAUCCCAAGAAUUCUAAAGAUAGUGGAGACCCCAUUGAUGAACUCUCAGAAGGGUUUGACAACUGUUCCCAGAUUCCAUCUUCAGAAGGUACAAAGAAAUCGGCAAAGAAAAAAGAUGAAAAGGAAGCUUCCAGCACUAAACCUGCUAAGAAUGGUGGAAAAUCAAAGUCUAAAGAGAAAUCUUCCAGAUCAAAAACUGAUGGAGAAAAGACAAGUUAAAAGUUCAGGCUCAUGGGCUGUCUGCACAUGCUAGAAAAUCUUCAUUCGACUGGUGUAUGGUGACUUUAAGCAAACCAAAGGCUCUUGCAGCAGCAAAAAGCAGUUUCAGGGUGGCUUUUGUACAGUGGUUUUUGAGGAAUCUUUUGGCAUACUGAAAAAUUAGUUUCAUGUUCUUUUCCAGGAAAUGACUAGGAUUUGUCUUUGUUGCCUGUAUUAUUUUCAUAAGCAUUGAUAAACUUUUUUUUAAUUUUCUUCAUUUGGGAGGGAAAGGAUGCUUUAUAUUUGUAAGAAAUAUAUUUCAUAAAAAGUUACUUAUGGCAACUAAAAAAAGUCUGCAACCUUUUGCACAUGUUCUCCACACAGUGCCUGUCAAUCUUAGGAGGUUUCUUCCAGUUUCCAAUAAUUUUUAGAACAUGUUACAGUGUUCUGGAAUGUUAUGAUUGCUAGUUAUCCUUUGCCCCUUGACUCUUGGGAAGUAUCGGACAUUUCCUUGGGUGAAUGACUAAUAAGAAUUUACAAGUCAAAUAUAAAAUAUUGUAUAAGGACCACCACGGCUGCUGAUAAUAAAAGAACAAUAAAAACCCUGGAUAGUACCUUUUCUACAGAUCAAUGAGCAAAGUGUAUCAUGUGACUUAUUUUUCCUGGACUCUUCUCUCCUUUUCUCAGAAGAAUCAGGCUUAGCUUGCAUGCCAACAUCAAAUAUACUGAAGCCUGGAUGGAAAAAUCAUUACCAGAACAAAAGAUGGGAAGUUCCUGUCCCUCUGUGGCAAGAAUAGCCUCACAGCUCAUACCAAGCAUGAAUAGAAAUAAGUUUUUGGAAUGCACUUGUGCCUUCAACAAUUCAUUUUUGUUUUCAUCUUCAGUUCUGCUUGUCAUUGAAAAUUAAUGCAGGUAUCUCUGUUCUUUAUGUAAAACUUGAAUAUAGUUUUUAAAAGCAAUAUUAAAGCCUUAGUCUUUACACUGUACAGAUUUUGUGGAAAGCAAGUUUGCCAAAUAAGAAAAAAAUAAUUUUGCUGAUUAAAAAAAAAACACAGAAACUUGGUGUUUCAUCUCCCUAAAACAAUUUUAAUCAAGCUCUGGUGUUUCAGAACAGUUUUUCUUAAGUAAGAGACUCCAAGGAACCAUGAAGCACCCUGAGGUGGAGGGUUGGUUUGGUUUUGGUUUGCUGAACCUUUUGUUAAUAUUGAGCAUUAAAAAAUUAUUUUAAAAGAAGUUACUACCAGGGCUCUUCCAAAGCUUUGUUUAGGAUUGUACCAUUGCAAGAAGUCUAAGAACCACUGUUCUGGAGAUAUGAAUGGCUAAUAAAAUAUUUUGAAGAGAAA